AUGGAUUAUAGGAGGCUGAACUCUGCGACUUGCAAGGACCAUUUCCCCAUGCCUUUUAUUGAUCAGAUGCUUGAUCAGUUGGCUGAAAGGUCUUAUUAUUGCUUUUUAGACAGGCAUUCUGGCUAUAACCAGAUUAAUAUUCCUCUUGAAGACCAGGAGAAGACGACUUUCACUUGUUGUUAUGGGACUUUUGCUUUUAGUAGGAUGAUUUUUGGUCUUUGCAAUGCACCGGAGUCCGAAGUUUCUGAGCAUGCCAAUUUCUAUUGGCGCUUUAUUAAAUACUUUUCCAAGAUAGCGAAUCCCAUGUGCAAUCUUCUUGAAAAAGAGGCUAAGUUAGAGUUUAACGAGAAAUUUCGUAAGGCAUUUGAUGGGCUGAAGGAGCGCCUGACUUCUGCUCCAAUUAUUGUAUCUCAUGAUUGGUCUCUAUCAUUUGAGUUAAUGUGUGAUGCGAGUGGUAUUGCUAUUGGUGUUGUGCUUGGUCAGAAGCAUAAUAAGAUCAUACACUCGAUUUACUAUGCCAACAAAAUGCUCAAUGGGGUGCAGAUGAGCUAUACUGUGACAAAGCAGGAGCUACUUGCUGUUACGACCCUAAUUACCAAUCGUGCAGAGCCUGAGGUGAUGGAAAUUUUGAAAGCUUGCCAUGACUCUCCUGUUGAAGGUCAUCAUAGUGGAACUCGGACUGCAGCCAAGGUUUUUGAAUAUUACGCGUCAAAAUGGGUAAAAGCAGUAGCUUUAACCAAAAAUGAAGCGAAAAUUGUAUUGGGGUUCCUGAAGAAAAACAUCUUUACUCGUUUCGGUACUCCAAAGGCAAUCAUCAGCGAUGGUGGUUCACACUUUUGCAAUAGAGCCUUUGCGAGUCUGAUGGAAAAGUAUGUCAAUGCUAAUAGGACAGAUUGGUCCCAGAAGCUUGAUGCUCUUUCGGCUUAUCGAACUGCAUACAAGACUCCUACUGGGACUUUGCCUUUCAGGCUAGUUUUUGGCAUGGCAUGUCAUUUGCUAGUCAAACUUGAGCAUAAGGCCAUGUGGGCACUGAAGAAGCUAAAUAUGGAUUGGGAAGAAGCAACUAAACUUCGGUUGUUUCAACUUAAUGAGAUGGAUGAGUUUCGGUACCAGGCCUAUGAGAGUGCAGCUUUGUAUAAAGAAAGGAUGAAACACUAUCACGACCAGAAGAUUCUCAAGUGA